GGGAAGCAACCUCCCCUCUCCUUUAUUAUUUAUUUAAAGGGGAAGUUUGAGUCGGGGCAAUAAAAGUCGGCGGUGGAUAAAAAGAAACAUACGCCAUGGCGGAGGAAGAGGAGGAGGAAGAAUCGGCGCUUCGGGCCGAAGUAGAGAGGCUGAGCGCCGAGCUGGCCGAGACCAGCGAGCAGAAGGUGCAGGCGGCCCGCUACGGCCUGGCGGUACUGGAGGAGCGGCGGGGCCUACAGCAGCGCCUCACCGAGCUGGAGUCGGAGCAUGAAGCCACCAUCCAGGAGCUGGAGCGGCUCAAGGAGGCCUUCGCCGACGUGUGCAGCAACCAGAGGAAAGUGGCAGCCGAUGGCGAGAGCCGCGAGGAGACGUUGCUGCGGGAGGCGGCGCGCAAGGAGGGUGACCUGGUGGCCAGGAUCGCCGAGCUGCAGACCGAAAGCCGGCAGACCAAGGCGGCGCUCACCAACACGUUGUCUGAGAAUGAGCGGCUCACCGGCGAGCUGCAGGAGGCGAGGAAGGUCGGUGAGGCACUGGAGGCGGAGAAGGCACAGCUGAGGGAUGAGAUGAAAGAGUUCAAAAUUCGAGAGAGCCAGCAGCUGCAGGACUGCACAGAGCUGGAGGAGGAGAACAUCUCGCUACAGAAGCUGGUCUCCGUGCUGCGGGAGAACCAGGUGGAGUUCGAGGGCCUGAAGCAUGACCUGAGGCAGCGAGAGGAGGACAUCGAGAUCCUCCAUGGACAGCUGGAGGAGGCCACUAGGCUGCGGGCUAUCACGGAGCGGAACCUGGAGGAGGCGCUGGAGGCCGUGCGCUCGGAGCGCGAGCAGAAGAACGCCCUGCGCCAGGACCUCUUGGCCCACGCCAACGCCGUGCCCACCUGCGGCCUGCACCCCCACCUCCAGGAGCUGGCCCUGAAUGACGGAGCCUUGGGCCCCGAUGAGCUGGACAGUGGCUUCCAGCCGGCUGAGGGGUCGGGGCAGUCGCUGGCAAGCCGGGACCCCUCCCCUCCCCGGCAGCCCCCCGCCCUGCCGCCCUGCCCCGGGCUGGUCUCCGACCUGUUCACUGAGCUCAGCCUGUCCGAGGUGCAGAAGCUGCGUCAGCAGCUGGCACAGCCUCCAGGCCUCCCGCUUCUCCAGGCCUCGGAACAGGAGGCCCUACCGCCUCCUCCUGCUGGUCCUCCUGGGUUUCUUCCUCUGCUGGGCCCCAUACCACGUGGCGGGCCUACUCCUCCUGUCGGACGACUACAGCCUCCAGGGCUGGGUGCUGGCCGUCGAUCCGGCCCUCACCAGCCUGGCCUACCUCAACAGCUGCCUCAACCCCUUCCUGUACGCCUUCGCCGGGCGCCAGGGCCGCGGGCAGCUCCGUCGGGGCCUAAAGAGCCUCCUCGAGGGGGCUUCGAAGAGGAAACGUCCCUCAGCUGUAACCAGCCCAAGGCCGCCGUCACAACAGUCUCCCAGAUGAUCGAGGCCUCAAGCCUGGAGCUGAGCACGUGA